AUGGCCAGGAGCUGGAUCGAGGCCAGCAGGCUGCUGCUGUUGCUUCUGCUCAUCCUGCAGCUCAUCGCGGCGACGCCAGCGGCGCGCAAUCCAAAUUCAUAUGGCAACAGCAACAAUAUUUGGCGACACGUUCGCCUGGUAGCCAGCGGCAGCGCCACCUCUGUUCAAGAGCGCGAACGCAAUGCCUAUCAGCUGCUCAAGGCAAACAGCAGCAGCACCGCCUCCCCCACCACUACUACCAGCAGCACCACAACCACCACUAGCACCACCACCACAACAUCUGCACCACGCCGCACCGCCAAGCAGCUACUGCGCCGCGAGGAUCUGAACGUGCCCGAGAGUAAUAUUUCGAGUGCGGCGCGCUUGGAAAUGUCCACCGAGUUCUUUGUGGUGCCCACCCUGAUAUCGAGCACCAGCAGCAAUAGAAACAGCAGCGAAACUACCACUAAAGCCACGCCCACGCGCAGCCAGGGCGCCCGAGCACGCGCCGCCAACACGCCGCGUGCCACACAGAGCGGCGGUGCCACACCGCCCAGCAUUGUGUCCACCACCCAGCUGCCGUUUGCAGGCCUACGCAAGGAGGUGUGGGUGGUGCCUGUAUUGGUGCUGGCCAGCCUUACGAUGCUUAUGAUGGGCGCCUUCGAGAUCUUUGUGCUGUUUAAGGCCUGGCGCACUUCACCCUCGCGCCGUCAUCUGUUUCUGGGUCAGAUGCUACUGCUGGGCUUGUUUGCCUGCGCCGGAUUGGGGGCUGUAAUUACUGCACAGCCCACGUUGCUCAGCUGUGGCGCCAUACGCUUUGGCGUGGGCGUGGCCUACGCCUUGGUAUUUGCCGCACUGCUCGUUAAAUGCGUGUUCCUAAUCAGCUUGAAUGGCGGCGUCUAUUUGCCAGCACCGUACCAGGGCCUGCUGCUGCUCUUCGCUCUGCUCAUCCAGGUGGCUAUCGGAGCACAGUGGCUGCUGACACAACCACCCGAGAUUUAUACCACCAGUGUACCGGUCAUGGGCAGCGGAUUCCUGUCCACGACAGUCGCCUCGCAGACCAACUACUCGGCGCUCUUCUACCCGACAUCCUACACCACGCUGGAUGGCACGCCGGAGAUCUACACGAGAAUCGCGGCUGUGAGCACCGUGCUGAUACCGUUAUGCAAGACGCAGUUCUCUGAGCUGCUCUUCUCACUGAUCUACAUUGUGUUCCUCAUUGUGUUCAUUGCGGUGCUGGCGAUAAAGUCGCGUGGCAUUCGCGACAACUAUCGAGAGGCGACAUAUAUCGGUCUGGCCAUUGGUGGCGCCAUUCCCAUCUGGCUGGGCUGGAUGCUGUGCGGUCUGGCUGUGGCCGAGCGGCAUAAGGACGCGUGCAUUGCAUUUGGAUUGGUGGCAACGUCGGCCACCGUUUUCCUGGUCAUGUUCAUGCCGAAGGGCAGACAGCUGGCGGCAAUGGGCAAGGAGGGUCUCUACGUUGAGGAUCGGGAGGAGCAGUUCAGUUCGCUGAGUCGUGCCGGAUCCGGCUAUUCGCCAUCCUUCUUUCACUUCAAGCCCAUCAAGUAUGGCGUCAUGAGCGGCUGUGGCCUGCCAAAUUCCGCUACGAAUACCGGCCAGGGCCUCAGCUCCAAGCACUGUUCCAGUGCCAACAAUGGCGGUGAUCGAGUCGCUUUGGUCACCGCCGCACCGCCGAGCUAUACACGUAUGUAUCACUAUUUUCCAGCACAUUUGAGCGCGCACCCGUUCUGUUAUUACCCACCCGCACCACCACCACCACCACCGCCUGCACCGCCCACACAACUGGCCACACCGUUGACCCUCAAACAGCUGGGUAACUCGCUUACCUCCAUGACACAGGCGGCGCAAUUGGCCAAAACGCUGCGCUAUGCGCCAGGCAUGUUUAUACGACCCGACGAAACGAAUCUCUAUACGACGCUGGAGCCCACUUUGAGCAGCAAUCCGAAUGUUUAUUUUCAGCGAAGCGGCGCGGUCCAUCCCGGAAUAUUGUACUGACUGGAGGAGCAAAGGAAGAUGGCAGAGAAUCACUGGAGCUAUCGAGAGCACUGGAACUGAGUAUUUUUUCUUAAUAUUAAGCUGCAGCACAUAGCGCUCCCACACACACACACACACACACAUACACACACAACCCUAAUACGGCUCCCAAGGAGCAGCAAUAAGUGAAUAAAUGGAAUAAUUAGUUUAAUACA